UUUUUUUCCUCUUGUUGAAAGUUAUGGAUUAUAAUCAAACACAAUAUCAACCUUCGUAUACUACAAAUGACUGGCCUAUAUGGAACAAUGAACAGCUUCAUGACGACAAUAGUUUUAUGAAUAGUUCUACAUCAACAGGUAUGAUGAAUACAACUUACCAAUUAACACAACAGCAACAACAACAACAGCAAUAUAAUUCGGACUUUCAACAACAAACUACACAGCCUCAACACCAAUAUGAACAACUACAGCAACAACAACAACAACAACAACAACAAGAACAACAAUAUCAAGAAGGUCAUCCUUUAUAUCCUUCUUCUUCAACUCUUGAUAAUUCCACUAUGCAUAAUGUAAGUCAGGACUUGUCAGACGCAGUAUCUCGUUUAGAACUUCAACAUCCUUCGUUAAUACCUACUGCAUCACCAAAAAGAAACCUUCGUCUUAGUAUGGAUAUUCAACCUUGUAUUUCGAUUACUGAGCCUACGCCCGUACAACCAUCACGACGUCAUUUUAUGCUAGAUUCAUCUGUUCCAACUCCACCAGUUCCAUCUCUUCCACAGCAGCAUAAUAAUAUUGGCACUUCACCAGAAUUGACAAUGGUUGAUGAAUUCAUAGCGCAACAUGUGGCACAGUUAGAACAACAAAAACAGCAUUUCUCAAUCAACAACACCAGUACCACCACCACUACCACUGCGACUACUGCUGCCAAUAUUUCAUCGACAACAAUUAUUUCGAAUUCUCAUGAUGAUAUGCUUCCUAUACAUCAAGAUAUAUCUAUUGAUAACAGUAUGCUUUCACUGGAUCAACACUCAAUUGGCCCUGAUUGGCUUAGUUGGACACCUAAUCGUGGAAAUUCCCCUGUGACAAGUGAAUUUGAACUUGAUAUGAUGAUGCAACCUACUACAACAACAACUGCUACAGCAAAUACAAUGCCAUUCAAUUGUUACACCACUGAUGCUCUUUUAUCUUUUACAAAUGAUUUUCAUUUCAACAAUGAUGAUCAUGAUGUUAGCAAAAUCGACACGAAUAGACUCAACACUGGAAUAACACGACCUAGACGAGUUUCGGAACCACCACGAAUCAGCAAUCCACUGGAAUUAUUUGAUCCAUUAGACUCACCAUUGAACCUCAUACCUUCCAGACCCGGUAGUGCAUUUGACUUCAAUACAACUUCCAACGUGAAUUCAGCAUCGCCAUCUCCUACUUUGAGUGCUAAGAGCGUUACAGAACCAUCAUCAUCACCUCGACCUAUGCGACGCAGUAACAGUGAUCGUCGAAGUAGCCGUGGAUCAGCUUCCUUUCCAUGUCAACAUCCUGGCUGUCAAAAGGUGUUUACAAGACAUUACAACUUGACUUCCCACAUGAGAACACAUACUGCCGAACGACCUUUUGCUUGCACUACUUGUCAACGACGAUUCGCACGACAACAUGACAGGAAUCGACAUGAAAAAUUACAUUGGGGAAUCAAACCUUUUUCUUGUGGAAAUUGUCAGAAGUCAUUUGCUCGGAUGGAUGCUUUGAAUCGUCAUUUGCGAAUGGAAAAUGGAUGUGGGACUGUGACAAGCAAUACGACCAAUCAAGCUAAUGAUGACGGUGAAUAAUCUCUUUACUUUUUGGCCUCACUUCUCUAUAUUCUUCUAUAUUCUUCAUUAUCAUUAUUUUGUAUAUUAUUAUCAUUUAGUUAGUUAGUUAGUUAGUACUACC